CGUCACCAAUGACACGUAUUCAAAAUGGCGGCUGCGGCUAUGGAACUAACUGAAGGAUCCAUGUUGUGGCAACGAUCCCCAACCACUGGACGCAUCUUGAAUUUGGGCCACAGGAGAAGGCAGCGACACAAACAUUUGGAAAGGUGGUGGGCUUUGUUGCUUCUGUCCUUGUUACCUGUGGUGUUGCCCUUCUACGUUCCUGGUGUUGCUCCCCGGGACUUCCAUGAAGGAGAUGUUGUAGAUAUUAAGGCUGUGAAGAUGACAAGCUCUCAUACCCAGCUUCCUUAUGAAUACUACUCCCUGCCAUAUUGUAAACCUCAGUCUGUUGUCUACAAGGGAGAGAACCUUGGUGAGGUGUUGCGUGGAGACCGAAUUGUGAACACCCCCUUCAGUGUGGAAAUGAACAAGGACAAGAACUGUGAGGUGGUGUGCGACAAGAAAAAACUCAGCAAAAGCCAAAGCAAGUUGUUUGCAGAGAGAAUACAAGAGGAGUAUUACGUCCACCUUAUUGCAGAUAAUCUGCCAGUAGCCACCAGGUUGGAGGUGUAUCUCAAUCGAGAAGCAGGAGCAGAAGAGAAGGACAUGAAGGAUAUCCAGUUUGAACAUGGCUACAGGCUGGGCUUUGUGGACAACAACAAGUUUUAUCUGCACAACCACCUAUCCUUCAUCAUUUACUUCCAUCGGGAGAAGCUGGAAGAGGGAGAGCAGCACAAUUACAGAGUGGUGCGAUUUGAGGUCGUACCCCAAAGUGUAAAAGUAGAAGACCUGAUGGCUGUGCAAAAAGAGAAAACUUGCACCUUGCCAGAGGCGAGCAGCUCCGCUCCACUGGAGAUUGACCCCAGCAAGGAGAACGAGGUUCUCUUCACGUACUCUGUGCACUGGGAGGAGAGUGAGGUGAAAUGGGCUUCUCGAUGGGACACCUACCUGACCAUGAGCGACGUGCAGAUACACUGGUUCUCGAUUGUCAACUCUGUGGUGGUUGUUUUCUUCCUCUCUGGUAUCUUAAGUAUGAUCAUCAUCAGAACUUUAAGGAAGGACAUUGCUAAUUACAACAGAGAAGAUGAUAUUGAGGACACAAUGGAAGAGUCAGGAUGGAAGAAUGUCCAUGGUGAUGUCUUCAGGCCACCUCAGUAUCCCAUGAUUCUCAGCUCACUUCUAGGAUCAGGGAUCCAGCUCUUUUGCAUGAUCCUCAUUGUCAUCUUUGUCGCCAUGUUGGGCAUGUUAUCUCCUUCGAGUAGAGGAGCUUUGAUGACCACUGCAUGCUUCCUCUUCAUGUUUAUGGGUGUAUUCGGAGGUUACUUUGCCGGGAGACUCUACCGCACAAUGAAAGGCCAUCGGUGGAGAAAAGGAGCAUUUUGUACUGCAACUUUGUAUCCAGCUGUGGUGUUUGGAAUCUGCUUCAUCCUAAACUGUUUCAUCUGGGGAGAGCACUCCUCUGGGGCGGUGCCUUUCACGACCAUGCUGGCUCUGCUGUGCAUGUGGUUUGGUAUCUCCAUGCCCUUGGUCUACCUGGGUUACUACUUUGGUUUCCGCAAGCAGCCAUAUGACAACCCCGUGCGCACCAACCAAAUCCCUCGGCAGGUCCCAGAGCAGCGCUGGUACAUGAACAAGUUUGUGGGAAUCCUGAUGGCGGGGAUCCUACCAUUUGGUGCCAUGUUCAUAGAGCUCUUCUUCAUUUUUAGUGCCAUCUGGGAGAAUCAAUUCUAUUAUCUCUUUGGCUUCCUGUUUCUGGUCUUCAUCAUAUUGGUAGUCUCCUGCUCUCAGAUCAGCAUUGUCAUGGUUUAUUUCCAGCUGUGUGCAGAGGACUAUCGAUGGUGGUGGAGAACGUUCCUGGUUUCAGGAGGGUCAGCAUUUUAUGUCCUCGUGUAUGCCGUUUUCUACUUUGUCAACAAGCUGGACAUUGUGGAGUUCAUCCCAUCACUGUUAUACUUUGGCUACACCACCCUGAUGGUCCUGUCUUUCUGGCUGCUAACUGGCACAAUCGGUUUCUACGCCGCCUACAUGUUCAUUAGGAAGAUCUACGCCGCAGUCAAGAUAGACUGAGCCAAUUGCUGCUGUCGUCUUUUUGGUUGUUUUCUUUUGUCACAUUCACAUUUUUUUUUAUACAAGGAUUUUUAUUGUCCACUAAGCACUGACUUGUGCGUAGAGGAGGGAAAGCAAGAGUUACUUUUUUACCCCUCAGUUAAACAGCUAAACCCACUGGCAGGAUCGUGUAAAAUGGUGUCUCCUUCCCUGCCACCCCAGCUUUUUUUCCCGCGUAUACUGAGAUGGAGACUCGGAGGAGGUUUUCUUUGAUGGGAUUGUUUGCGUCUUCAUCUGGUUCCCCUUGCACACAACACAGUAGGCCAAACAAUAGUUUUCUGAACAUUUUGUCUAUUUCUUUUUGUGUUUAAUUUAUCCAUGUUUUCAGUUCUGCUAUUGCUAUUCAUUUAAUUUGUUGGCUCCAGAUCUGUUCAUCCAAAUAUUCCCAGUUACUUCAUUUUCACCUCUGUUUCAUUUGAGAGACUUUGUCGAAGGAGAGGUGAACUGUGGUUGUGCCGCAUUUGUGUCUUAUGUUUAACUGAUUUACAUUGUGACACAGAAAUGCAUAUGGUAUAUUAAAUGCUCUCGUUUUUUAAAUGAUGUUUCCAUGCAUUUUCUGUGUGACCACUUAAAUCACAACUGGAUCAAAGUAGCACCUUUUACCCUCAAACGUCGCAAUGUACCAAAUACGUUGUAUUGCCUGAUAAUUGAAAGAUGUGAAAGCA